AAAACAGCCAAUUGCACUUCCCCUGAGAAAAGCCCGCCCUUCCGUAGAGGGGGCGGAGCGGCUUUAAAGGCCGUCCGAGCGUCCAGCGCAUGCGCGAGCGUGCACCGUGCCGGUUAAAAGCAGCUCUCAGGGGGCGGUACCACGGUCUAUGAAUAUUGAUUACGCACCCGGGCGCCGAGCGUCGAGCCCGCCCCUCUAAGAGUGUGGAGGCUCGCGGCUCCGGCUCCGGCUCGUGAUGGGGAAGAAGUCCCGGGCAGUACCCGGCCGCAGGCCCAUCCUUCAGCUUUCUCCACCGGGUCCUCGGAGCAGCACGCCGGGCCGGGAUCCGGAUCCCGACCCCGACCCGGAGCCGGACUCGACGGCGGCGGCAGCGCCCAGCCAGUCCGCCCCGGCGGCCGCAGCUACCGUGACGUCGCCCGUGGUGCCUGCCGCCGGGGUCCCGGAAGACUCGCCUUCGGAAGAUGAACAGGAAGUGGUGGUGGAGGUUCCCAAAGUUGUUCAGAAUCCUCCUAAACCAGUCAUGACUACCAGACCCACAGCCGUUAAGGCAACAGGAGGUCUUUGCUUACUGGGUACUUAUGCUGACAGUGAUGAUGAUGAGAGCGAUGCUUCUGAAAAACCAGCCCAAUCCAAAGAAGCAAAUGGAAACCAGUCAACUGAUAUAGAUAGUACCUUGGCCAACUUCCUCGCGGAGAUUGAUGCCAUAACAGCUCCUCAGCCUACAGCUCCUGUAGUAGCUUCUGUUCCACCUCCAACUCCACCUCGACCAGAACCAAAGGAAGCAGCGUCCUCUGCCCUUUCAUCUACCACAUCAAAUGGAACAGACUCAACCCAGACACCAGGGUGGCAGUAUGAUACUCAGUGUUCACUGGCCGGAGUUGGAAUUGAGAUGGGAGAUUGGCAAGAAGUCUGGGAUGAGAACACAGGUUGUUAUUAUUACUGGAACACACAAACAAAUGAAGUGACUUGGGAGUUACCCCAAUAUCUUGCCACCCAGGUACAGGGAUUACAGCAUUACCAGCCAAGUUCUGUAACAGUUACUGAAGCUAGUUUUGUAGUAAAUACAGACGUAUAUAUGAAGGAAAAAACAGUUCCUGUUUCCAGUACUAAAAGUGGACCAGUCAUAGCCAAACGAGAAGUUAAAAAGGAAGUAAAUGAAGGAAUUCAGGCUCUUUCCAACAGUGAGGAGGAGAGGAAGGGAGUGGCAGCAGCCCUGCUUGCUCCUUUAUUGCCUGAGGGAAUAAAAGAAGAAGAAGAAAGAUGGAGAAGAAAAGUCAUUUGUAAAGAAACAGAGUCUGUUUCAGAGGUGAAAGAAACAAGUACAACAGCAGAAGAAGCAAUGCCAGUUGCAAAGCCAUCAGAAGUUACACUGGACAGUAUAGAAGACCCUUCUCUGGAGGAUCUUUGCAGUGUUGUUCAAUCUGGGGAAAGUGAGGAAGAAGAGGAACAAGAUACCCUAGAGCUGGAGCUAGUUUUGGAAAGGAAAAAAGCAGAGUUACGAGCCUUGGAGGAAGGAGAUGGUAGUGUGUCAGGGUCUAGUCCGCGUUCUGAUAUCAGCCAGCCAGCAUCUCAGGAUGGAGUGCGUAGACUUAUGACUAAAAGAGGAAAAUGGAAGAUGUUUGUUCGAGCUACAAGUCCAGAAUCCACCAGCCGGAGUUCUAGUAAAACUGGACGAGAGACUCCAGAAAAUGGAGAAACUGCAAUUGGUGCUGAAAUUUCAGAAAAAAUAGAUGAAAAUUCAGACAAAGAAACAGAAGUAGAAGACUCUUCAGAGAAGAUAAAAGUACAAACAGCACCUAAAGUAGAAGAAGAACAAGAUUUGAAAUUUCAGAUUGGAGAACUGGCAAAUACCCUGACAAGUAAAUUUGAAUUCCUAGGCAUUAAUAGACAGUCCAUCUCCAAUUUCCACAUGCUACUCUUACAGACUGAGACUCGAAUUGCAGACUGGCGGGAAGGGGCUCUUAAUGGAAACUACCUAAAACGAAAACUUCAGGAUGCUGCAGAGCAACUAAAACAGUAUGAAAUAAACGCCACUCCUAAAGGCUGGUCCUGCCACUGGGACAGGGAUCAUAGACGAUAUUUCUAUGUAAACGAACAGUCGGGCGAGUCUCAGUGGGAAUUCCCAGAUGGUGAGGAGGAGGAGGAAGAAAGCCAAGCCCAAGAAAGUAGAGAUGAGACUCUUCCUAAACCGACCAUCAAAGACAAAACUGGCACUGAUUCAAAUUCUGCAGAACCCUCUGAGAAUUCCACAGGUUCUCUUUGUAAAGAAUCAUUUUCUGCUCAAGUUUCUUCUUCGUCACUCAUGCCACUUACUCCAUUCUGGACCCUUCUUCAGUCAAACGUACCUGUUCUUCAACCUCCAUUACCUCUGGAAAUGCCACCGCCCCCACCUCCACCACCUGAAUCUCCUCCUCCUCCUCCUCCACCUCCUCCCCCACCUCCUCCUUUAGAAGAUGGUGAGAUUCAGGAGGUAGAAAUGGAGGAUGAGGGAAGUGAGGAGCCUCCUGCCCCAGGAACAGAAGAGGAUACUCCUUUGAAACCUUCAACCCAGACCACAGUUGUAACUAGCCAGAGUUCAAUUGAUUCUACCACCGCUAGUCCUUCCACUAAAGCAGUGAAGAGAAAGGCUGCAGAAAUUAGUACUGCAGUGGUUCAGAGAUCAGCUACCAUUGGCAGUUCUCCAGUUCUCUACAGCCAGUCAGCUAUAGCUACAGGUCACCAAGCAACGGGGAUUGUGCACCAGGCUGUGGCGAUUGGACACCAGGCAGUAUCAGUUAACCAUCCAGCAGCAGGAAUGGGUCAUCAGGCAAGAGGAUUAAGCCUACAGUCAAGUUACCUUGGACUAGCAGCAACACCUACAAUUAUGAGUUACGCCGAAUGUUCUGUCCCAAUUGGAGUAACUACUCAGGCAUUGCAGCCAGUUCAGCCUCGAGGAACUAUGCCAACCACUGCUGUUACAGAACCACCACCACCUCCCCCUCCUCCACCUACACCACCACCACCACCACCAGCUCCCAAAGUGCCACCACCAGAGAAGAUGAAGAAAGGAAAAAAGGAUAAGACAAAGAAAAGUAAAACCAAAAUGCCAUCUUUGGUAAAGAAAUGGCAGAGUAUCCAGCGGGAGUUAGAUGAGGAAGAUAAUUCAAGUUCCAGUGAAGAGGACAGGGAAUCCACUGCACAGAAGCGAAUUGAGGAAUGGAAACAGCAGCAGCUAGUCAGUGGCAUGGCAGAGAGAAAUGCUAAUUUUGAAGCUCUUCCUGAGGAUUGGCGAGCAAGACUCAAGAGACGGAAAAUGGCUCCAAACACGUAGUUUUAAAUUUGAAAAAGUUUUUUUUGUUUUGUGUUCAGUCUUAACCAGUUUUAAACUGUUGUCAAAUGAACAGGGAAGAGCCUAUACAUUUCUUGGGCAAGAACAUGUGCAUAUAAUGUCCAUUUAUGAAAUGUUUUUGUUUGCUGAAGAUGAGGUGAUUGGAAUUGCUUUGACCUGGCUGCCUUAUUCUCACAUUGGCAAACUUAGCAUGUUAUCAGUCUUGAGGACCAUGUGGCCCAUGAGCAUGACACCUCUGUGUAGGAUUGCUGGCAAAACUGAAGGACUUCCCACCCAGUAAAGGCUUGUUCACUUCCUAGUGUGGCACUCUUUUUUUUGACUUCUACUCCAGAACAAGUGCAAUUAAGAAGGCAGCUCUGUACCCUACCUUGCUUGACCAUCAGAAUCUCAUUCUGACCUCUUCCUCUAGACUGCUGCCCCUGAGGUAUUGAGAUCUGUCAAGUGGUAUAGCUUUUGCUGAUGACCACACUCUAGAGUAAUUCUCAGAAAUCCUACAAGAGUCAUUUUACACACUAGGUGGCAUAUUUAAAUACAGGCAGGAGUAGCAGCAGCAGGUGUUCAGAUCCUUGAUUUUGAGAAAUUCCCCCUAAGUAUGUGGCACUUAGUGUAAGUGUAAUGAGCCACUCUGUGCAUUGUGUCUCCAUUGUCCAUACCCUUCCAGAAUUUACCUUCUGUGUGUGAAUGUAUUCUCCAUAAAAUUCCAGUAUUUAAGAAGCAGUUCACUGUCAUUUACUUUCUAUUAUAUCACAAUCAGGAAAAGUCACUUUAAACUGAAGAAAAGGCAAAUUGUGUUUUAAAGCUGUUUGUAUUUCUCCAGUUUCUGACCUUGUAAAUUUGUAUAUAUGCACUAAUAAAGCUCUUUUUAUACUUCUGAUGGAUA